AUGACGAGGAUCAAAGCAGCACCUGCAUCUGCACUUCUGCAGGUAAAAAGCAAUUUGAACGAUUAUAACCCGAACCACAAGGAUGCACAUUGCGGAAACAACAUAUCAGCAUUGGAAGCUGAAAUUAUAAAGGAGGUUGAUAAUGAAUUGGAUGAAGAAGUGGUGGGUGAACAAUGUGAUUUAUUUAGUGAAGAAGGUGGUGAUGAAUAUGGUGUUGUAUUAGGCGUUGAUUUAAGUGAUGUAGAUGAAGACGUAUAUAAAGGUGUGAAUGAGGAACCGUUUCAUAACGAUUUUGGUAGUGAUUACGGAACGGAAGAUGAUGAUUAUGAUGAGGAACUUGAUACCGGAGAUGAUUUGGACGAGGAAGUUUUCAUCGGUAAUGAUGAUGACCUUAAUGAUAGUAAUGAUGAAGAUGUUGGUGAAGAUGUUGGUGAAGAUAUGGAUGAUGUGGUUAUUGGUGAAGAUGUUUGUGUGGAUAUGGAUGAAGAUGUGGUUAUUGGAGAAGAUGCACUUGGCAACGAUGACAAUCCAUCUGCAGGGGAGGGUGUAGGUAGUGGAUUGGAUGGAAACAAUUAUGGAGUGUAUAUGACCCCUACAAGGAUGAAACAAGGUCCUGCUCUAGCCACCCCUGUUAUUGGAAUGUCCUUUUCUAAUUGGGAAGCUUUGAAUAACUACUACCGUUCGUAUGGAGAACAACAAGGGUUUGGCGUAGUCUGUGUAGGUGGAAAAACUUGGCCUAAAGAGAAAAGAGAGGAAAAUGGAAAAUCUAAUUCCCUAAAGAGCUAUGUGUGGAGAUGUGAGUGUUAUGGUAGAACCAACUACAGGCGUUUGGUGAAUGGGAAAAAAGUAACUCUAAUUGAGGAUCCACUUGUUAAGAAGAAGUCGAAAGAGUGUAAUUGCCCUGUUAUGUUGUAUGGUGCUCGUGACAUGAAUAAUAGUUGGGUGGUGAAGAAUGUGGUAAAUGAGCACUUGAACCAUAAUCCGACGCCUAGGAAGUCUUCACAUAUACCGAUGUUCAGGCAGAAAAAAUUAACAGGUACAAUUAUACAUGGUAUUGUAAACGAUCAUGAUUCUGGGGCUCCUGUUGCACAGAUUUACAACAACCUAGCUGGUAGACGUAAUGGUGUGGAGAAUAUAGGUUUUACCAAGAAAGAUAUUCAUAAUCUUCUGAAUAGGAGGAUGCGAUUGAUGCUUAGAGAUGGAGAUGCCGCAGCCAUGAUAAACUACUUAGAUAAAAUGACCAAGGAUAACCAAAAAAUUUUCCAUCUUCACCGUUUAGAUAAAACAGGGAAGUUGCAGGACGUCAUGUGGGUUGAUGCUCGAAGUAGGGCGGCGUAUGAGUAUUUUGGGGAUGUGGUUUGCUUUGACUCGACGUACUUGACGAAUAAGUAUGAGUUACCGUUUUCGAACUUUGUUGGGGUAAAUCACCAUGGGCAGACCAUAUUGUUAGGAUGUGCAUUAGUGUCCCAUGAAGAUGCAGAGACAUUUGUGUGGCUGUUUCGGUCGUGGUUGUCUUGUAUGGGUGGAAAAGCUCCGGCAGCAAUGAUGACUGACCAAGAUGCUGCAAUGAGGAAGGCGAUUCGAAUAGCAAUGCCAAUGCCACAAACCCGACAUCGCUGGUGCAUGUGGCACAUUAUGCAGAAGUUUAGCCGGAAACUUGGAUCGUUGACUGAAUACCCUCAAAUUAAAGUCGCCUUACAGAACGUGAUAUACAAUAGUUUAACUCCUGAAGAGUUUGAGGAGGACUGGGUUGCUGUCAUAAAAACAUUUGAACUGGACACAAAGAAGGAGACAAAGGAAAGCUAUAAGUGGCUAGAAGGUUUGUACAACCAGAGAGAAAUGUGGAUUCCGGCUUAUGUUAAACAUAUAUUUUGGGCAGGUAUGCAGAUGACCCAAAGGCCGGGUGGAAAGCAUCAAUAG